AUGUCGAGCUCGGGCGAAGCGCUCGUUCUCUGUCUCUAUGCCGGAGGCACGAUCGGUAUGGUGCGCAAGGACGCUUCUUCAGGGUUCGCACCGUACCCCUCUUUCCUCACCGAAACUCUGCGCAGCCAGUCGCGCUUUCAUGAUCCGCACGCUGAUUCAAUCUUUUCCUGGUCUGACUCAGUCGAUCGAUACAAGGCUUGGAGUGAGGCUUUUACUCGCCCUGGUUCGGGAGCUUCGACGCCUUUGCAAGGUGCUGUCAGUGGUAGUGCGUCCAACUCGCUUCCGAACGAGCAACAAAUCUCUGAAGCUGUCGCAGAGAAGCAAAGCGCAACUGUCGACGUCAACGGCGCCUCUUUCCCGAACAAGAAGCGCAAAAAUGAGCACGAAUCAAUCGGCAAUCCUGGCUCCUUGACUCCCUCCACGCAGGCCCAUCUGGAACACCUUUACGCCGAUACGGCCUCUCGCCCCGCCUCUGGCGCAGCGUCGUCUGCAGCGCCGCCAUUCGGUCAUCCGGUCCUCGUUCGGUCUUCAGCACCCAAGGGCACAUCAACCCAUCAUGCCCUCUCCUCCAACCUCUCGUCCGACGCCAAGCACCUCGAACUUCAAUUACCCACGCUCAUCACCCCUCGUGGCGGUGUUAACGGCAAACGCGUCCGCUAUGCAGUGCUCGAAUACGACCCAUUGCUCGACUCGUCCGAAAUGGACAUUCCCGACUGGAUUCGUCUAGCCUCGGACAUCUCGCUCAACUACGAAAACUUCGACGCGUUCAUCGUGCUUCACGGUACAGACACCAUGGCUUAUACCGCGUCGGCGCUGAGCAUGCUUCUCGAAAACUUGGGCAAGUCGGUAAUUGUCACCGGUGCUCAAGUGCCACUUUCGGAACUUCGAAACGAUGCCAUCGAAAACGUGCUGGGUGCACUCAUGUUGGCCGGAUCCUACAUCAUCCCCGAGGUCGGCCUCUACUUUGCUUCUACGCUCUACCGAGGCAAUCGAACGAGCAAGGUCUCGAACAAUGCACUCGCCGCUUUCGACUCACCCAAUAUGGCGCCAUUGGCUCGCGUCGGGAUCAACAUCGAAGUCGCCUGGAACCUUGUCGAGCGCUCGAGAACAGUCAAGGGUUUUCGCGCGCACGAUAAAAUGUCGCCCAACGUCGCUCUUCUUCGUCUCUUCCCCGGCCUCCCCACGAGCACAGUCAAAAGCUUCCUCUCUCCGCCACUCGAAGGCGUUAUCCUCGAAUCGUACGGUGCAGGCAAUGCACCCUCGCGACAAGACCUGUUGGACGUCUUUCAACACGCUUCCGAUCGUGGUUUGGUGAUCGUCAACAUCACGCAGUGCGUCCAAGGCGAAGUGUCAGCGAUCUACGCUGUCGGGAAAAAGUUGGAAGCGGUGGGCGUGGUAGCGGGUGGCGACAUGACGCCGGAAUGUGCGUUGGCUAAAUUGUCGUAUUUAUUGGCGAAAGGGUUGGAGCCGCACGAGAUCCGCGAGUUGAUGGGCAGACCGUUGAGGGGCGAAUUGACGAGCAGUCGUGGUGCGGGGAGCAGCCAUGCCACUUUGGCACAGGAGUUGACGCCAGCAGGUGCCAAAGCGGUCAAAGCGGACGUCAAGACGUUGCUGGCGCACAUCCUGCAGAGUCCGCACCAGUUGCAAUCUGCAUCGUCGGCGGCGAACAAGAAGAGCGGCGUCGAGAUGGAGCGCCAAGCAAACACACAAGCACUCGCCUCUGCUGCCGGAUGGGACAGCUCGUCUGCCCAAGUCUCCGCUGCCACGCUCGCGGUGCUGCCGUAUCUGAUCUACGAGGCGGCUUGCUCGAACGAUCUGCCCAUGCUGCAAUGGCAUCUUCACGCGCUCAACCAGCUCGAAACUGUGCCCACCAUCUCGAUCGACGAAGAACACUUCCAUCCAUCCACACUCAUCGCGUCCGCCUCGGUCAACACAGGCGACACUGCGGCCACAUCGCACACUAUCGACGCAUGCGUUUCUAAACCAGACUCAACCACGCCGUUGGAAAAGCUGCAGCCACUCCAUAUCGCUGCCGCCAGAGGGUUCACCGGUGUGGUCGAACAACUGCUGCAAGCAGGCUGCAGCGUACAUGCGCGUCACGCCGCAAGUGGUCACUCGCCGCUCUUUCUCGCUUGCAAGAACGCCAAUGGCGCUACCGCGAAACUGUUGCGAGAUGCAGGCGCUCAUUUCAAGGAAGACGAGGUGAGGCUGGCUAGGUCUUUGCUGCACAGCCAGCAACAGAACAAGCAGACCACACAAGCAAAGGCGAUCUGGGAGCUGGCUGGUUUGUCGUUGGCCUAG